AUGACUGAGCCUCCCGCGAAGAAGAUGUGCCUCGGCGUCGACUGCCCCAACGAGGCUGGCACCCUCCAGUGCCCGACCUGCUUGAAGCUCGGAAUCAAGGAUAGCUUCUUCUGCUCGCAGGACUGCUUCAAGAAGAACUGGGGCAACCACAAGUCCAUGCACAAGUCUGAACAGAGUAUACUUCACCAUGUCCUCCCGCCAAAGGUCGUCUCUAAACCAGAUCCAGAGACAGGUGUAUUCAACCCCUUCCCGACGUACCCCUUCACCGGACCCCUCCGACCCGUCUACCCUCUGUCCGAACGCCGUACCGUCCCCAAGCACAUCCCCCACCCCGACUGGUGGAAGGAUGGUAUCCCCAAGUACCCGAGAAGCAUCCUGAAUAGGAACAAGGUCGACAUCCUCGAUGCCAAGGGAAUUGCCGGCAUGCGCAAGGUCUGCCGCUUGGCGCGUGAGGUUCUCGACAUUGCCGCCGCCGCCGUCAAGCCCGGCAUCACAACGGACUACAUUGACGAGAUUGUCCACAAGGCCUGCAUAGAGCGCAACGCCUACCCCUCGCCACUGAACUACAACCACUUCCCCAAGUCCGUAUGCACAUCCCUCAACGAGGUCAUCUGCCACGGCAUCCCCGACCAGCGCGUGCUCCUCGACGGCGAUAUCCUCAACAUCGACGUCACCCUCUUCUUCGAGGGCUACCACGGCGACCUCAACGAGACGUACUACGUCGGCGACCGCGCCAAGGCCGACCCGGACGCGGUCCGCGUCGUGGAAGCCUCCCGCGACUGCCUCGACGCCGCCAUCGCUGCCGUCAAGCCCGGCACGCUCAUCCGCGAGUUUGGCAACAUUAUCGAAAAGAUUGCAAAGGAGAGGAACUGCAGCGUCAUCCGCACGUACUGCGGCCACGGCAUCAACUCGCUAUUCCACUGCCCGCCCAACGUCCCUCACUACGCCAAGAACAAGACGGUGGGCGAGUGCAAGCCUGGCAUGACGUUCACUAUCGAGCCCAUGAUUGCGCUGGGCAAGUACCGCGAUGUCACCUGGCCCGACAACUGGACGAGCACGACGAUUGACGGGAAGAAGACUGCGCAGUUUGAGCACACUCUUCUGGUGACCGAAGACGGAGUCGAAGUCCUCACAGCUAGAACGGCCACGUCGCCUGGCGGCAAGGUGCCGAUGCCUGGAACGAACGGCGAAGAGAAGGAGACCACCGCAUAA